UAAGUUUUUACAAUUUGUAUAAAUCACAAACUUAUUUGUCGUAAAUAAACCAAAAUAACAUAAACCAGCUUAAACGGUUCCUCGCGCGCGAUUAUCCUUACUAUAUAAUUUUAUUAUUAUUAUUAUUAUUAUUUUAUUAUUUACUCAAUGUUAUACCAUUUUGUUCUUACAAUACUGUUAUUAUCGUUAUGCGCCUAGUAUGUCGUUAUCGACGCUCUUUUGUAUACAUAAAGGGUGACGCGAACGCCACUAUCGAUGCUUCCUCGCGUCGAUCCUGGCGAGACCGCCGCUUGGAGGGGAAAUGUCCUACGAUGAAGAGGGGGAACGCGAACGACGAGCGCCGGGGCCGCGACGCCCGCGUUACCUGGUAUUACGUACCGCAGAAGCGUCGACCGGUCAGUCGGUGCACUGUCUCAUCUCUGCCCUCGAAAGACGCUAGCUCGACGGUGUCGACGCGCCUGCUUGCACCCCGGAGACUCGCCCGCAUCAAGUGACAGAUCAAAAAGUACACGGCUGAACCAUGUCGAGUCCGUCAUUGAAGGAUCUGCCCAAAGUAGCCCUAGAUCUGAAAAGCGAAUUGGAAGGUUUCAAUCAUGGCUGCAUGAAGAAAGCUGCCACUGCCGAGAAGAAUGUUUUACCUUCCGCCGAAGACGUGCGGCAGGAACGGCAGCACUCCGAGUUGAUACACGGGUUGGAGACCUUUAAGCCAGAUCAGUUGAAGCACGCUGACACGAAAGAGAAGAUUGUAUUGCCUAACGCCAAAGAUGUUGCCGCGGAGAAGACUCAACAAACACUAAUCGCCGGCAUCGAGAAGUUCGACACCGCAAGCCUGAAGCACACCGAGACUCAGGAGAAGAACCCGCUACCCGAUAAAGAUGCGAUCCAGCGAGAGAAGGGCAAACAACAGCUGAUCUCCGGUAUCGAGAACUUCGAUCCAGCGAAAUUGAAGCAUGCGGAAACCCUCGAGAAGAAUCCCUUGCCCACCAAAGAAGCGAUCGACGCCGAGAAAGUAGCCGCUUAGAGGAGCUGCCUAAGGAGGAACGAAAAGAAGGAACGGGGACGGCGCGACUCGUCGCUUCUUCCAUUUUCUAUAUUCGUGACAUUUUAUAACAAUUACUCAUACAUUGCCAAGAGAAGAAAUGCGCGAAUGCAAAGCACAGUG